CAGUCAUCUUGCUUCUCGCUUCUCCGAGGCGUUCGCUUAGGAGGGAGCACAGGAUUGCUUUAGUGGCGCGUUUUCAGCAAUUUGAGGGUACCUUUAUACGCGUAUCCGAACGUCCCCUGCCCUGACGUCCCUGGUGAGCCCCGCACUGGCUCAUCUACCUGCUUGGUCCAUGGACACCUGAAAUGUCAUUCGCUUGGCCUAACCGAUUUCUCCUUCAGUCGCACCCCUUUCGGAGGCACUUAGAGGAUCCUCUGCCCCACUACUGUAACCAGACCAGAUGCCUUCUUCCGCUUCGCCAGAUCAAGAUGAUGACCUGGAGGCCUGCGUUUUAAGAUUCUCUAACCUGGAUUUAAAAGAUACAAAUCUGAUUAAUCCUAGCAGCAGUCUCAAAGCAGAGUUAGAUAGUGGCACAAAGAAGAAAUACUCGUUUGCAAAGAAAAAGGCCUUUGCUCUUUUUGUCAAAACCAAAGAAGUUCCAGCAAAGAGGAAUUUUGAAUGUAAAGAAAAAUGGUGGAAGUGCUGUCAGCAGCUAUUCACGGACCAAACCAGCAUCCAUAGACAUGUGGCAACACAGCAUACUGAUGAAAUUUAUCACCAGACUGCUGCUAUUCUGAAGCAGCUGGCUCUGACAUUGAACACCUCAAAGAGUCUUAUGUGUACAGACCAAAAAAAACCACCGAAAGAGUGCCUUAUUCUCAGCCAUGAAAUAUCUGCUUGGCUCCCUGAUAUAAGCUGUUUUAGCCCUGAUGAGCUGAUAAGUGGCCAGGGCAGUGAUGAAGGGGAGGUGCUACUUUACUACUGCUACUGCGACCUGGAGGAUCCCCAUUGGAUCUGUGCCUGGCAGACAGCUCUGUGUCAGCACCUACACCUCACGGGCAAGGUUCGAGUUGCUACAGAAGGAAUCAAUGGGACAGUUGGUGGAAGCAAAUUGGCCACUAGACUCUAUGUGGAAGUCAUGCUUUCUUUCCCAUUGUUUAAGGAUUUUCUUUGUAAGGACGAUUUUAAGACCAGCAAAGGAGGAGCACACUGUUUUCCAGAAUUGCGUGUUGGUGUUUUUGAAGAAAUUGUGCCCAUGGGGAUCAACCCCAAUAAGAUCUCCUACAAGAAACCUGGAGUCCAUUUAUCCCCAGGUGAAUUUCAUAAAGAAGUAGAACAUUUUUUAUCUCAGGCAAAUCAAGAACAAAAUGAUACUAUCCUACUGGAUUGCAGAAACUUCUAUGAAAGCAAAAUAGGACGAUUCCAGGGCUGUUUAGCCCCAGACAUCAGGAAAUUCAGUUACUUCCCUAGCUACGUUGACAAAAAUCUAGAACUUUUCAGAGAGAAGCGAGUGCUAAUGUACUGCACCGGGGGCAUCCGUUGUGAGCGGGGUUCAGCCUACCUCAAAGCUAAGGGAGUGUGCAAGGAAGUAUACCAGCUCAAGGGUGGCAUCCAUAAGUACCUGGAAGAGUUUCCUGAUGGUUUCUACAAGGGGAAGUUGUUUGUUUUUGAUGAGCGUUAUGCCCUGUCCUACAACAGUGAUGUGGUAUCAGAAUGUUCAUACUGUGGUGCCCAGUGGGACCAGUAUAAGCUCUGCUCGACUCCCCAGUGCCGUCAGCUUGUACUGACCUGUCCUGCCUGUCAAGGACAAGGACUCACAGCCUGUUGUGUCACAUGUCAAGACAAAGGGGCCAGGCAGGCUUCAGGCCCCACCCAGGACAACUUUAAAGAGGAGUGUGAGUGUACAGCUCGACGGCCACGCGUACCAAGGGAGUGCCCACAGCACAUGCGCCUCCCUGGGAGCCCAGAGGCCAGGCCUGAUGGGGAGGACAGACUUUCACUUGUGUGAGCCGCCCCCAUGGGUCCUUCCCA